AUGUCUUCGAGGCGAAGAUCAUCCGGCAAAUUUGCGGCUCCGGUUGUGAAGUCCACUCCCAAGGCGUCCAAGACGACAAUUGACGAGAGCAGAGCGGCAGUCUCCGCGACGGACUCUUUACAAGCCGUGAUGAAGGGCAACAACGAGGCGAUUGAGAUUUCCUCCGACGAGGAUAGCGAAGAGGAUGUUUCAGACGAGGAGAUGGAGGCACCCGAAGCCGGCGACGCAAAGGAGACGGUGAACGGCAAAGAGGACACUGCCGCCGAAAACCCCACACAACCUAAGGCCGAUGCCGAGGGCGCAGAGGACGAGGAGGAAGCAGGAUCGCCCACCUUUGGCGAACUCCUACGAGGCACCAUCGACGUUCCCGCGAUUCUGUCGCAACAAGGAGACUCCAGCAAGGCCGUUGUCUCGCAGUCAUCAAGAAAGAACCUUGCCCCUCCAUCGCUAUCCUCUCUGAGCACCGUCCUCACCCAGGCGCUCAAGACCGAAGACACCGACCUCCUCGAAUCCUGCCUGCAAAUCACCCACCUCGAGACCAUCCAGCAGACGAUUGAGCGCCUCGACAGCAGUCUUGCCGGCAUUCUCCUCACUAAGCUCGCCGCUAGGUUCCACAGACGGCCCGGUCGCGCAGGCAGCCUCAUGACCUGGGUGAAGUGGACCCUUGUCGCACACGGCGGCGCCUUGGCCGUCCAGCCCAAGGUCCUCGAGCGGUUAGUCUCUCUACAAAAGGUCCUCAGCGAGCGCUCGCGCGGCCUACCUAGCCUACUCGCCCUCAAGGGCAAACUGGAUAUGUUGGAGGCGCAAAUGCAGCUGAGAAAGGGACGGCAACGCAGGGGCGGCGCAAACCAGUUUGACGACGCCGAGGACGACGAGGAAGAGGGCGCCAUCUACGUUGAAGGUGAGGAGGACGGCGAGGAGGAUGCCAACAUGGCAAACGGCCUCGGCUCAAGGAAGGCCUUGCUGGCCGACGACGAUGACGACGAGGUCCCCGCCACGAACGGCUUCAUCGGCGACUCGGACGACGAAGAUGAUGACGAAGAUGUUGCUGCGGCGGAGGACGAGAGCUCGGGCGAGGAGGUUGUUGAUGAAGAUGAGGUGGACCACGAUGAUGUCGAAGACUCGGAUGACGACGAUGACAGCGACGCGGAGGCCGCGCCGCCGGCUAAGGUUCAGAAAACUGCUUCCUCAUUUACCAAGAGAAAAUAA